UCUCCUCAGAGGCCGCGGGACGGAGUUGCGGCGUCGUCAUGGCGGCGCUGGCGCGGCCGUGGCUGCCGCUGUUGGUGGUGCUGACGGCGAGCGGCGCGGCGCGGGGCUGGCAGCGGCCGGAGAAAAUUUUAUUGCGAGAAGUUCAAGCCCUGACGCUCUACUCUGGCCAGUACACCAAUUCUCAGAGGACAUCUCCUAUUCCCCAGCUGCAGUGCACUGGCGGCUCAGCUGGAUGUGCGGCACAUACCCCUGAAGUUGUCCAGUGUUACAAUAAAGGCUGGGAUGGCUACGAUGUACAGUGGGAGUGCAAAGCACAGUUGGACCAUUCGUAUCGCUUUGGAAAAAUCGAAGUAAGCUGUGAAGGCUACGAGUACCCGGAUGACCCUUACGUGCUCAAGGGAUCGUGUGGCUUGCAGUACACGUUAGAGCUGAACAAAAACGGGCAGCAUAAAGCCAGCUACUUCGACAGCCACCCUUCUGCCGUGACUCAUGAUUCAAUAGCUUCUGGGGCUGGACUGGUCCUGGUCGUGUUGUUUGUGGUCCUUGUUUAUGGUGUUUAUAAAUUGUUCCUCUGUGACAACCGGCCACAACAGGGUUUCUCCUAUGGAGAUGGACCAUCGGAAACCUACAGGCCAAACCAUCAGAACCCACCUCCACCAGGAUUUAAAUCGACUUUCACAGGAGCUGCCAGUGGUUUUGGUUCAGAUUCCAAUUCAGGACCAGGUUUCUGGACUGGAUUAGGUGCUGGUGGGCUGCUGGGAUACCUGGCUGGCAACCGAAGGUCUCCUUCGUAUUCUCCAUACUACAAUACAUGGACUGGCCCUACUGCUCCCCCGCCUGUGUUUGGCCCUUCAUCCGGCUUUUCAGCCCCCCCAAGUUCAGGGUCAAGGUCUACCUCUGGUUUUGGAGGGACAAAAAGGAGAUGAAUUUCGCUCCUGAUCUGCCUGAGCAAUUGAAUAAAGCAACUUUCCAGCAAUUUUGAAGCUUGCUUGUUGAGUCACUUAGCACAGAUCUAGAUCUGGACUAACUUGUACAUAUUCCCAUGUCAGCCUUUUAGAUAACACACUGUCAGAUUUGAAGUUUAAACUUGUGGUGUAUUGGAUAAUUGUCUGUAAAAGCAUGUAGAAAUUUAGUGUAGGAUAAUUAAGAAAUUCUCUUCAAAAUAAAACUGCAAUCUUGUGUUUGCUACUUUCGAAGUAAAUCCCAUUGAAAGCAAUGGGACUUGAGUCCGAGUAAGCAGUAGUUGGCUUCAAGGUAUAGUUGUUGUUGGCCUGGCAUCGCACCCAGCAAGUGUGUGCGGGGUUACAGUCCUUUGCCUCAAACCAAAGGCCGCACACUACUUUGGCUGUGACUUAGGAAGAGGGGACAGUGAAGCCCGCAGAGCGGGGCUUCUCCCACCUCCCCGUUCCUGCUGUGGUCCACUGAUCUGCCGUGUCUUCUAACCCCGGAGACAUUGCUGGGGAGAAGGGGGUCAAGAAGCCCUGGUUUGGGUGCAUGCAAAUGCCUAAAGGGCUCUUUUGGGUCAUGAGUCACACCUCUGUAAUAAUCAUAGAAGGAAAAGUUAGUCAUUCUUAAGAGAAAGAUGUUGCUUGUCAGCUGUGGCACUAGGGAGCCAGUAGCAUAUAUAUGUAUGGAAUAAACUUCUAGAUUUUCAAUAUUAUGGGGUUGGAUGCUGCAAGUUUGUUCUGGUAGUAAAAGGGCACCUGUGGCGUAUUGCUUCAAGCAAAGCCCCCUUCCACCCAAGGAAAGCGCCUCCCCUAGCAGAAUGAGCCCGCGGGAUCCAGCCCAUGGGCUGCAACAUCUGGCAUGGCACAUCUUUUAAUUGGGUCUUACAGGGAUUGGGGAGACGUGAGUCAUCUCUGAUCUGGCCCCUGCUACAGGCAGCUAAAGAUACUUAAUAAUCCGUGGCUUGGCAUCAAAAGGUGCAUCUGGCCAGUUCAGCGGGGCUUGGGUGAGCAUUGUGAAGUGGGUGCCUGUGCUACAGAGCUGCAGGAGUGAGCUGCUUUGAAUGUGUGUGAUGUAUGGUGGUGGCAGAGAUUGCCGUCAAGUCAUAACUGACUUAUGGCAACCAAUGCUGGGGUUUCCAAGGCAAGAGACUAACGGGUGGUUUGCCGUCGCCUAGUUCUGCGCAGUGACCGGGCUUCAUUUGCUUCUGAGCUCCCCCCUUCCGGGCCUUGCCCUUCUCCUUCGGCAGGCUGCCUCUCCUGGUUGUAAUCCUCCCCCCCCCCCCGGUGCCAGCUGCAUUCCUCUGGCCUUGGUCACUAGUGGGACCCGCCCGCAAGUCUAGGCUUCUCCCCUCUGCUUUGGUUCACCAAUCCUGCCGCGCAGUUUUCUGGAGGAACUCUGAAGGGAAACGUCACUGAUUUAUUUUAGGAAGGGUUGGACAGCCUUUUUUAUUUGGCUGAAGUUUGUUAUAGACAUUAUUGAGUCUGGAAAAAUUCUCUGUGCACCUGCGGUAUUUUGCUUGUUGUAUAUUUUCGCUCCGUAAUGUUUAUUUUAUUGUUGCUGCUGAACAUUCUGUUAGCCUUUCUGAAUCUUUGGAGAAAAGGGGAUCUUGAUACUUUUAAUAAAUGAUGGAACAGGUGUUGAA